ACACGAUCCAGCAGUUCAGGACAACUAUAAAGCGUGUCAUGCUUGAUGGUAACUAAACUACCGAGUCUCGAUCGAAUUAUUUGACAUAUACAAAACUUGUUAUCAGCUUGGGUAUUAAGCCAAGACAAAGCAAAAGUUAUUAAUAGGAAGCAAUAUCGUCCAGAGGUACUAGAAAAGUCGGUUCUAUUGGUGUUGAUAUCCUGACUUUAUUUACUGAGUUGGAACCCUUGUACCAUAUCAAAUCGCAUUAGUCUGUAUUUCUACAGUGUUCUAGAAGGGAAUAUAGUUGGUUCUUCCUUAAAGGAAACAAUUUCUUGUCUAAAUAUGAAAUACCAUUUGGUCUUGCUGCUCUUGGUUCCCCUCUUUUGUGGAUCAGAUGCUGUUGUCGACGCACAAUUCUGUAACCCACACCCAACACUUGUACCUAUUGACCAUCCUAAUUACGGAUAUUUCCCGUACUUUGUAAAACUGCAUCGCUGUGGCGGAUCGUGUCAUAUAAUUCAACCCAGCAUCAAGAGUUGCGUAGCAACAGAAACUAAAAACGUAACAGUUGAUCUCUUCGACAUAACAAAAAAAAGCCAACGUACAAUUCAACUGGUCAACCAUACACAAUGUGGAUGUCAAUGUGUUGCUAAACCUAGUGACUGUACAUCGGAUCAAGUUUGGAAAGCAGAAGAGUGUAGCUGUGUGUGUAAAUACACUCAUAGGCCACCACCAACCUCAUGUCCUGAAGGUCAUCGAUGGGAUAGCGGUCAUUGUGAGUGUAGGUGUGAUAAACCGCCAAAGGUGUGCCCUGUUGGAAAGCAUUGGAGUCCACGGGCCUGUGGGUGUGUCUGUAGUAGUGACAUCGAAAGGUCAUGCCGAUCAAAAGGGAUGAUUACCGACGAUGAGUGUGAAUGUAAAGUCAUAGACCUAGAAGCAAAAAAAGGAGACGAGCCAAAAGAUGAGUUUAAGAUUAACAAACUGAUGCUUGUUUUGAUGAUCGGGGAAUUUGCUUUGAUGUUUUUCGUAUUUGAUGCUAUUCUAUACCAUAAGAAGGCUGGCUUGAUGCACAGUAUCGUAAAAAGAUGUAAAGGUCAAACAAAAGAUGAAGCAGAAGAACAAAAAAGCAAUAUUAGAAAUAGCUACGAAGUAUCUUCUGUAUCAACGAAGGAAGACUUCGUAGAAAACGUAUAAAGGGUAGCAAUACUAUCUCCGAUGUUAGUUUCCACUCAAAUACAGCAAGAAAGAAUAUAAAGACGUCUAUAGGUCUUGGUAAAGUCGCUUAAAAAAAGGAACCGUUUACCGCCAAGAAAUAAAACAAGACAAAUUUCAACAGUAAGACAGACGGGCGCCCGAGUCUGCGGGCGACCAUGACGAGGCUAAGAUUUUAAUAACUCGUGACGAUAAAGAAAGCGUUAUUUAUUUUGACCAGAUGAAAGAAAAUAGAUAGACAUUAUAUAUUGAGGUCAUUUUUAAUCAAAAAUAGAUUGUAAAUAUUCAGUUAAAUCAAGAUAUGAUGUACAUUUUUUUAUUCAA